AUGAAGAAACAAUCCAGAUCAAGGUUCGGCAAAGUGAAGAUUAUCCAAUUGAUCUCUAUUACCUCAUGGAUCUUUCAGCUUCCAUGGAUGAUGACCUGAAUACAAUAAAAGAAUUAGGCUCAACUCUUUCCAAAGAAAUGUCGAAACUGACAAGCAACUUCAGACUGGGUUUUGGAUCUUUUGUUGAAAAACCAGUUUCACCAUUUAUCAAAACUACAGCUGAAGAAAUAAGCAAUCCUUGCAGAAGUGUGCCUUAUGAGUGCUUGCCCACCUUUGGAUACAAGCAUGUUUUGUCACUGACAAAUGAUGCUGAAAGAUUCAAUGAAAUUGUAAAAGGACAGCGAAUCUCUGCUAACAUAGAUACUCCAGAGGGAGGAUUUGAUGCAAUUAUGCAGGCAGCUGUUUGCAAGGAAAAAAUUGGAUGGAGGAAUGACUCUCUGCAUUUACUGGUGUUUGUGAGUGAUGCCGAUUCCCACUUUGGGAUGGACAGCAAGCUAGCAGGAAUUGUUAUUCCUAAUGAUGGGAACUGUCAUUUGGACCACAAUAAUGAAUAUUCCAUGUCAACUAUUCUGGAGUAUCCCACAAUUGGACAAUUAAUUGACAAACUUGUGCAAAACAAUGUUUUGGUAAUUUUUGCUGUCACGAAUGAACAAGUUCACACAUACGAGAACUAUGCAAAGCUUAUUCCUGGAGCUACUGUUGGUCGACUGCAGAAGGAUUCUGGAAAUAUUCUCCAGCUGAUCAUUGCUGCAUAUCAGGAGCUGAGGUCCGAAGUAGAGCUGGAGGUCUUUGGGGACACAGAAGGACUCAAUCUCUCUUUCACUGCCAUCUGUAACAAUGGGACCUUUUUUCCACAUCAGAGGAAAUGCUCUCACGUGAAAGUGGGAGACACAGUCUCUUUCAAUGUGACCAUAAAUCUGCCCACUUGUGAUAAAACCACCAGGCACGUUGUGAUAAAACCAGUGGGUCUCAGUGACAUGCUGGAAAUGGAAAUUCUUCCCCAGUGCAGCUGCAGCUGCCAGGCCAAGGCUGAGAGGAACAGCUCUAAGUGCAACAAGGGGAAAGGCACUUUUGAGUGCGGAGUGUGUGUCUGCCACCCCGGGUACAUGGGUCCACACUGCGAGUGUGAUGAGAAUGCCCUCAGCACUGGAUCCUGCAAGGGCUCCGUGGAGCAGAGCUCCUGCAGCGGGAGAGGCAGCUGCUAUUGUGGGCAGUGCGUUUGCCACCCAUCCAUGUAUGGAAGAGUUUAUGGGGCGCACUGUGAGUGUGAUGACUUCUCGUGUGUGAGACACAGAGGACUUCAGUGUGGAGGCAAUGGAGACUGUGACUGUGGCGAAUGCGUGUGCCACAGUGGAUGGACUGGUGAAUACUGUAAUUGCACAACUGACACCAGCUCCUGCAUUUCUGAGGAUGGAAUGCUGUGCAGUGGGAGAGGUGAAUGCAUCUGCGGGUCGUGUGUGUGCAUACAUCCAGGGGCUUCAGGCCAAACGUGUGAAAAAUGCCCGCUGUGUGGUGACCCUUGCAGUUCCAGAAGGAGCUGUGUGGAAUGUCAUUUGGCUUCUGAUGACAAGCUGCAGGGAGAAUGCAGUGAAAAAUGCAAAUCAGUUGACGCAACUGUCAGCACUGCAGAGGAUUUUUCAGAGGAUAAAUCCAUUCCUUGCUCUUUACAGGGGGAGAACGAAUGUAUAACCACUUUUCUUCUGACUGUAGAUGAACAGGGCAAGACAGUCAUUCACAGCAUAAAGCAAAAAGGUAAGCAGUUUUGUUACCUUUUCUACGUGACAUCUAAUUUGAAAACACAGAUGGGAGCGACAAUCAGUUCCAGCAACACAAGAAACUGAGCUUUUCUAAACAGC